GCUUGAGAUUGAGGUCAGUGAAACCUGGUGCCAGACCUACUCAGCAUGGCUGCACACUCCAUUGUUUUGCCCAGCUAAGCCUGCUUUGAAUGCUGGUCACUUGUAUCUUCACAUCCCUAGAGAACACAAGGGAUAGCACGAUGUCAACUGGGAGGAUUCGAACAAAGAAGAAAACGCCAGCUGUGGACCAGUCUCCUGAUAACCUUCCUUUGAGAAGUUCAGGGAGACAGGUAAGGAAGAAAGCUGCUGAAACAGUGGAGGAUGAUGAAGAUGCAUCAGAGAAGAAGUAUCGAAAGUGUGAAAAAGCAGGAUGUACUGCGACAUGUCCAGUUUGCUUUGCAAGUGCUGCUGAAAGAUGUGCUAAAAAUGGGUAUACAUCAAGAUGGUAUCAUCUCUCCUGUGGGGAACAUUUCUGUAAUGAGUGUUUUGAUCAUUACUACAGAAGUCAUAAGGAUGGCUAUGAAAAAUAUACUGCCUGGAAAAGAAUUUGGACUAGUAACGGAAAAAGCGAACCCAGCCCUAAAGCCUUUAUGGCGGAUCAGCAGCUCCCUUACUGGGUGCAGUGUACAAAGCCAGAGUGUGGAAAAUGGCGUCAGCUGACAAAGGAAAUCCAGCUUACCUCACAAAUUGCCAAAACAUACCGCUGUGGCACGAAACUGAAUAAUUCCACCAAGGUGGAAGGCUCAGACCAAUGCUCCAUGCCUGAGGAUCUGAGAGUUGCCGAAGUUUCGGAUCACUGGUGGUAUUCAAUGCUCAUUCUCUCUCCAUUGCUGAAAGACAGUGUGGCUGCUCCUUUGCUGUCUGCAUACUAUCCGGACUGUGUAGGCAUGAGUCCAUCUUGUACCAGCACUCACCGAUUGCUUGGUGAAUCAAACACAGUAAAGAUGGAGCACUUAAAAACUCCACCUACUAUUGCUGGGAUGAACAAGUACUUCCAGCCUUUCUAUCAACCCAAUGAAUGUGGUAAAGCACUGUGUGUAAGACCAGAUGUAAUGGAACUAGACGAACUCUAUGAGUUUCCAGAAUUUUCCCGAGACCCCACCAUGUACUUGGCUUUGAGAAACCUCAUUUUGGCUCUGUGGUACACAAACUGCAAAGAACCUUUAACCCCUCAGAAAUGUACUCAUUACAUCAUUGUCCGAGGUCUUGUGCGUAUUCGCUGUGUUCGGGAGACAGAGCGGAUUCUUCAUUUUAUGACCAGAAAAGGCCUGAUUAAUACAGGGAUUUUGUCAGUUAAUCCGGCCCAGCCCCUUCUUCCCAAAGACUACCACAGUAAAUCUGUAAUUGUGGUUGGGGCUGGUCCAGCAGGAUUAGCAGCUGCGAGGCAACUUCAGAACUUUGGAAUUAAGGUGCUUGUGCUUGAAGCAAAGGACAGAAUUGGUGGGCGAGUGUGGGACGACAAAACAUUCAAGGGACUCACUGUGGGAAAAGGGGCGCAGAUCGUUAAUGGCUGUGUCAACAAUCCAGUAGCACUAAUGUGUGAGCAACUGGGUAUUAAAAUGCACAAACUUGGAGAGAGGUGUGACUUAAUCCAGGAAGGUGGAAGGAUAACUGACCCUACUAUAGAUAAACGCAUGGACUUCCAUUUUAAUGCUAUCCUUGAUGUUGUAGCAGAUUGGAGAAAGGAUAAAAAUCAGCAUCAGGAUCUUCCUCUUGGAGAUAAAAUCCAGGAAAUCUAUAAAGUUUUCAUUCAGGAAUCUGGUAUCCAGUUCAGCGAACUGGAAGAGAAAGUCCUUCAGUUCCACCUCAGUAACCUUGAAUAUGCGUGUGGUAGUAAUCUCCAUCAGGUUUCUGCACGCUCUUGGGAUCACAAUGAAUUCUUUGCUCAGUUUGCUGGUGAUCACACGCUCUUAAGCUCAGGAUACUCUGCCAUAAUAGAAAAAAUGGCUGAAGGUCUGGACAUUCAGUUAAAGGCUCCAGUCCGCAAUAUUGACUAUUCUGGGGAAGAAGUCCAGGUGACUGCAACGGACGGAACUCUGUGGACAGCACAAAAGGUUUUAAUUGCUAUACCUCUGGCUAUUCUUCAGAAAGGUGCCAUUAAAUUUAAUCCAGCCUUGCCAGAAAGAAAAAUGAAAGCCAUCAAUAGUUUAGGAGCAGGAGUCAUUGAGAAGAUUGUACUACAAUUUCCUUACAGAUUCUGGGAUAGCAAAAUUCAAGGAGCUGACUUCUUUGGCCACGUUCCACCAAGUGCCAGCAAGCGCGGACUCUUCAGUGUUUUCUAUGACAUGGAUCCACUGCGUAAAUGCAGUGUUCUGAUGUCUGUAGUUACUGGUGAUGCUGUGGCAAUUAUUAAGAACUUAGAUGACAAACAAGUGCUACAGCAGUGCAUGACUGUACUCCGUGAGUUAUUCAAGGAACAGGAAGUGCCAGACCCAAUCAAGUACUUCGUUACACGAUGGAGCAGAGACCCUUGGAUCCAAAUGGCGUAUAGUUUUGUAAAGACAGGGGGCAGCGGUGAAGCUUAUGACAUCCUAGCUGAAGACAUACAAGGAACAAUCUUCUUUGCUGGCGAGGCCACAAACAGGCACUUUCCCCAGACAGUUACGGGAGCCUACUUGAGCGGCGUUCGAGAAGCAAGCAAAAUAGCAGCAUUUUGAAUACUAAACUACUGUUUACACAAUUUUUUUUACAACAAAUUCCUCCAGUUCAAACUCAGUAUUCUGGGUGAUUUGUCAUUGCCCCAAGUGAUACUUAAGAAUGUGGUACCUGAAGUGACAAUCUUCAUCUCUUGUUCCACCUUUUGUCUUCAUUUUUUAACACCUGAGGAUGCAAUGAUACUGAAGUCUUAUGAGCACAGCAUGCCAAAAUAGCAAUUAUUUAUAAGCAGUGCAAGCAGAUGAACAAGCACAUAGACAAGACUUUCCAUUGUGGUCCAUCUGAGAUAGAUAUUUUGUAGUCUGGAAUAUUGUUGACUUAAAAAUGGUGGUGGUUGGUGGACCGUUAAACAGCUCACAUGUGGCCAGUGUUGGAACAAGAACAAUAUUGGUUGCCUCCAAUCAUGUUUGAACAUGUAUGUGUUCGUUUGAAACCAAACUGCUAGAGGUGCUCAUAAAUGCAAUCAUAGGGCUUGUUGGUGAUGUUCGGUCUUCUAAUUAAAGAAAAUAAACCAAUACUUUAGAAACCUUCCUCUAUUAUUUACUCAAAGAAAAUGUCACAACAGUAUGUUUUAUGUAUAUAAUGUAAUGGGGCUUUGUCGUUGCAGAUCAUGUAAAUAGCCACAAAAUUAACAUUUUGCUGGUCUAUUUAAUUUUGUGUAGUGAAAUUUCUAAAUCAUACAAGAUGUGUAAGUGGAAUCAUUUAUAUAUGUAUAAUUGUGAAAGCAUGGUAAGGAUCAGCCAGUGGAGACCUGAGUGAAGCAUUUAGAUUUUGUGCUUAAAAAUAGGGAAGAAUGCGGUCAAAUGUUGCAUUUUAUGAAGAAUUAAAAUAUUAUAUGGUAUCAAGUUAAGCGCUUAUAAGUCCCAUUGACUUUAAAUGAGAGACUUAAGCAGACACCUAUAUUUCUCCUACUGAAAUCAAUAGGACUUGAAAAUGCUUAACUUAGAUUGCACGCGCACACCCUUUGAUAUGUACAAAUUUACUUGUGGCCAUAAAGCCUGCUGAAGAAAAAGCAACUUGUAUUCUAGUUGCACAUUAUGCUAAAUAAUACAAACAAAGUGGUUGAAGAUAUUCUAUGUAUGCACACAGAGGUCUUUUAUCAGCUAAGUUUUGCAUUUUUUGUUUUGAAAAAAUAUUGGAAGGGAAAGACAAUUUCAGUAUGGCAGCAUGGGCAGUCAUUUUUGCCAUUACAUACUGAAAAACCUCAGAAAAUGUACAAUUGACACUUGUGUUUUGCUAUUAAAAUGCCAAUACAUACAGAUUUUGCAAUGUAUAAAGUUCUGAAUAGUAACUUGGUUUUUAAAAUCACAGUAGAGAGAAGAAUGGAAAGUAAUCUCCUGGUAAGAAAUUAUCAAGGCUUUCUUUGGUGUUGAACUGCUGUUGGCUUUUAUUACAUUCCGAUAGGUGGAGUGUAACUGUGAAUGCUUUUAGAACAUGUAAAAUAUGUGGGGUGCUGCUUUCCCUGCAUUUGUUCACCUUUACAUUUGAAAUUAUUCCCAGCAUUUGACCAGUGUCAGUGCUUGGCUAGAACAAGUUACCUAGCCUAUAUCUAAAUCAACAACUACUACUAGAUCUGCUACUCUCCUUAAUACUUCGUGAUCCUGCUGGUGACUGAUGUGCAAAUCUAUCUUAAAAUAAUUUAAAUGAGUGUGAGAGAGACUUGCCUUAGGGAAUAACUGAAGGGGCAAACUGAAGCCCACAUGCAGUGGUACAUGCAUGUGGAAGCAAAGCACUUGGAAUUUGAAGCAAAGCACUUGGAAUUAGGUAUGACUGUAAGCAUUUCUAUAGAAUUUAGUAUUGGGACAAGGGAGAGUCAUUUUGUAAAUGUGAAACCAUUUUCUCUAUAAAUACCUGUAAAUUAUUGUUUUGUGGAAGUGUUUAAAUGGCAGACACACCUGUUUAUAAUACACACACAAAACUUCUAAGAUAUGGAGACUUUUGUACAUUUAUUUAAAACCUAAAAUAUCCAGGAAGAGGCAGAGGGUUCAUUUCUAACAACUGAUCCCAAAGAAUUAAAACAGCAACAAACCUUUUGAAGCCUCUUGGAGCAUCUUCAUUUUUUCUACUGUGUACAAAUGACUGUAUGCCUUGUAAAUCAAGGAAAACAUUAAAAAGCAGUCUUCUAGCUGUGGAG